CACUGUUCUUAAAUUAAACCCUCCAACUAGCUAACUUAUCCUGUUAAAACACCCUUCUUAAGUCAGCCUACCUUGAACUACCUCCUCUUCACACUAACUCUGUUUUCUCCCAUUUUAAUCCUGCCAUUCCCCUUCCUGUCUUUCCUUCCUAAUCCAGAAACCUGUACUAAUUGCUGUUAGAUUUAUGACCAUAUCCCGCAGUACUGUCCCGCCAAACGCAGCCAAAAAGGGCAAGGGCCACGUACGGCGGUUCAGCUACACCACGCCCUCGCCCCCGGUUAGCCCACGCCUGCCGUCCGUGACGGGUGCAGUAAUGCAGGAGACGGCGGUGAGGAGGUGGGGCGGGGCUGGAGCCUGAGGUAUCGAGCACCAGCAGUUGGCCAUGCAGGAGGAGGAGAGGUGCUGACGGAGCAGAUCGAGAAGCCUGCAGAAAGAGAAGGAGGAGCUAACCUUUGAGAUGCUGACUUUGGAGCAGCGAGCAUCAGACGAUGAGACCCUGGAGUCGGAGGCGUCCAUCGGCACGGCCGACAGCUCUGAGAACCUCAACGUGGACUCUGAAGGAGCCACCUCCGACUUCUCCGGUCCCUCAGAGAGAGAACCCACGCUGGCCCCCGUCGCCCGAACCAAGAGGUCGGAGGGGAAGAGCCACCGACGCCGCAACCUACGCAGGCAACCAGACUCCCAGGAYUCAGUGGAMUCCUGUUCCACCAUCUCCUCCCUCUCCUCCUCCUCCCACUUCCACCCGUCCUCUUCCUCCUCUGUGGCCACAGCUCGCCACUUUCGCUACCGCUCCAAGUCGCCCUCUUCUGGCUCUGGCUCUGCCCAGGGCUUGUACCUGACCCAACCUCCCCGCCGCGACAGCAUGGACUGUCCCCCCCCGGCCAAACAGGAGGGGGCGUUCGAAGAGAGGUCACAGUUCACCAGCCGAGGCACCUUCAACCCGGAAAAGGGCAAACAGAAACUGAAAGGAUCCAAGAACUCACCCUUGAGGCACUCCCAUGACAGUGGGGGCCGCAGCAGGGAUCCGCCUGACUUACCCCAGCAGCGGGUUUUGUAUGGCAGCAAUGAGUUCAUGGUAUGAAGGACAGUGGGAACACCUCCUUCGUCACAGCCCACUCUCCCUAAGAGCAUGCGAUCUGACCCCCUUCCUCAAACACUCCAGCUCACCCUUUCUCAGUCCACGUCCGCAACGAUGCAGCACUGUCCCCCCAAGUGCCAUGUACACACAGUACUGUGUACAGUACACCUCAAAGAGACAGGAGAGGGACAGGCUGGGAGUGGGAGAGGAGGAACCAGUAGAAGGGUUGAUCUCCUGUGGCCUUAACUGCCAACCACACUCCCCAUGGUCCCUCUGCAGGUUUGGGCCUCCCUCAGCCCAUGGGAGAGGGGACGUGUGGAGCAGGAAGGCAGAGAAAGGGCGCCAUGCUGGGACAUU